AUGAAACUUCCAGGAAUGGCUACAAUUUGUAGGAUAACUCCCCUCUGGAUAACAGCAGCAGUCCUCUUGAUCCGCCCCAAUGUCGCAUUUGGCAUCAAGAGCGUUGCUCCCCGUGGCUUUUUCACAUUUGGAACCGCAAAAGGCACUUCUGAGUUGGACGAUUGGAUACCACACCAGUAUGGAAUAUCUCGGCAAAGAUUGAUCGAGAAUAUUUCCCCUGCCCAAACAUCAGUCGGUUGUAUUGUUGCAAGUCCAUCACGAGCACAUCCAAAUUACUUCUUCAGUUGGGUACGGGACUCUGCUCUGGUGACUGACUCGUUGGCUGACAUGUGGGCAAUGGAACGCUACCCUGAAGAUAUCGAACAGUCUAUAUGGGAGGUUGCUGAGUUCCAAACGUAUAUUCAAGAGGCGGAUACCCCGUGCAAGUGUUUGGGAGAGCCCAAGUUUGAAGUGAAUGGCGAAGCGUUUACUGCUGAUUGGGGCAGGCCGCAGAACGAUGGUCCCGCACUCCGUGCCUUGGCUUUUAUAAAAUUCGCAAAACACUACCUCUCGCUUACUGGAGACACGGCUCGAGUCCUAGAAAAACUGUAUACUCCAACACUCCCAGCCACAUCCCUCAUAAAACGAGAUCUGGAAUACAUUGCCGCGACACAUUCCAACCCGUGUUUUGACCUCUGGGAGGAAAUCGACGGCCACCACUUCCAUACCAAGCUCGUGAUAUACGCAGCCCUUCUAAAAGGAUCGGAUUUCGCGAGAAACUGGAUGAAUGAUACCGGUGCAGCCGACUAUUAUUAUGAAAAGGCACUAAUUGUAGAAAAGGAGCUGAAGGAGUUUGUAGUUGGGGGUGUUAUCAAGGCGAAUAUUAGAGUUAUAGGAAGUCAUAGAGGCAAGGACUCGAAUCUGGAUGCUAGUGUCGUGUUGGCGAUUUUGGAGGCUGAUUUGAGUCAUCCGGAUUACUCGAUUACGUCUCCGCUUGUGCUGGAGACUGUUAAGAGGCUUGUUAAGAGUAUGAGUGAGAUAUAUCCGAUUAAUAGGGAUGAUGAGAGUGGUUUGGCGCCUGCUAUUGGGAGAUAUCCGGAAGACAUAUACGAUGGGGUCGAGAUGUCGAUUGGAUCACCAUGGUUUUUGACAACCCUCGCAGUUGCUCAAUACCUUUACAAACUAUCUAUACACAUGUCUACACCACUCAAUCUGCAGCCUCUAUCUGAACACCACCAGUCAGAUUCGUUGAAAGAGAGUCUCAUCCAUACUGCAGAUUCAUUCAUGUUGCGAGUCAAGAAUCAUACUGGUGCAGAGGGGCAUAUGAGUGAACAAUUCAACAGAAAGACAGGACUGAUGCAGGGUGCCAAAGAUUUGACUUGGAGCUAUUCUGCUUUUAUGACUGCUUCAUGGGCACGAGCCGAUGCAUUGUCAUUGUUGUAA